CCCGCCAUCAUCAUCUCCCCCACCGCCAUCCCUCUUUUUAUUCUCCUUUCUCUUUCUCUAGACAGGCCGCACCUUUUUGCGCGCUCCUAGCCGUCUACCAUGGCCAUCUCCUCCACGUCUGACGUGGCCGUCCUCGUCCUCGGCGUCGGUCUCGCUGCUCUCUUCCUCUUCCGCGACCAGAUCUUCUCGGGCUCUGGCGCAAAGACCGUCGCACCUCCCGUCAAACAACAGAAUGGCGGCGGCGACCCCAGAAACUUCAUUGAGAAGAUGAAGGCCGGUAAGAAGCGCCUCGUCAUCUUUUACGGUUCGCAAACGGGUACGGCGGAGGAGUACGCCAUUCGCAUCGCCAAGGAGGCAAAGUCAAAGUUCGGUCUCGCCUCCCUCGUUUGCGACCCUGAGGACUAUGACUUUGAGAAUCUCGACCAAGUUCCCGAAGACUGCGCCGCCAUCUUCGUCAUGGCCACCUACGGUGAGGGUGAGCCCACCGACAAUGCCGGCCAGCUCAUGCAGAACCUUGCCGAUGAAUCCUUCGAGUUCUCCAACGGCGAACACAAACUUCCCGGUCUCAAAUACGUCGUCUUCGGUCUCGGAAACAGGACCUACGAGCACUACAAUGUCAUCUCCAGGCAGGUCGACGACCAUCUCACCAAGAUGGGUGCUACCCGGAUCGGUGAGCGCGGUGAGGGUGACGACGACAAAUCUAUGGAGGAGGACUACCUGGAGUGGAAGGACGGCAUGUGGGAGGCAUUCGCCAAGGUCAUGGGCGUCGAGGAAGGCCAGGGAAGUGACAGUGCUGACUUCGUUGUCUCCGAGUUGGAAGAAUCCGUCCCCGAAAAGGUUUACCGCGGUGAACUGUCUGCUCGUGCUUUGACCAGAUCUAAGGGCAUCCACGACGCCAAGAACCCGUAUGCUGCACCCAUCGCCGACGCUCACGAGCUCUUCCAGAGUCCACAGGACCGCAAUUGCGUUCACAUCGAGCUCAACAUCGAAGGCUCCGGCAUCACUUACCAACACGGUGACCACGUUGGUGUCUGGCCAUCAAACCCCGAUGUUGAAGUCGACCGUCUCCUCUGUGCUCUCGGUCUCCACGACAAGGCCGACGCCGUCAUCGGUAUCGAAUCACUCGACCCUGCUCUUGCCAAGGUACCUUUCCCGGUCCCAACGACCUACGCUACCGUCCUCCGCCACUACAUCGACAUCAGCGCCGUCGCCGGUCGUCAGAUCCUCGGUGCUUUCGCUAAAUACGCUCCUACUCCCGAGGCCGAGGCAUACCUCCGCAAGCUCAACCAGUCCAAGGAAGAAUACGCCGCUGUCGUCGCCGAUGGUUGUCUCAAGAUUGGUGAAGUCCUUCAACUCGCUGCUGGCAACGACAUCUCCGUCGCACCAACCCCCGAAAACACCACCGCUUGGGCCGUUCCUUUCGACAUCAUCGUCUCCGCCAUCUCCCGUCUCCAGCCCCGCUACUACUCCAUCUCGUCUAGUCCCAAGCUCAAUCCGAACUCGAUUCACGUCACUUGCGUCGUGCUCAAGUACGAGUCUGCUGGAGACCGUGUCCCGCAGCGCUUCGUUUACGGUGUUGGCUCGAACUACUUGCUUAACCUGAAAUUCGCCACAAACGGCAGCUUGGACAACGCGCCUUUGGUUAGCGACGGCGGUGCUAACAAGCCUGCCGCUGUCUCUGGUCCCUCGUACGCGAUUGAGGGUCCACGUGGGGCGCACCGGGACGGUUCCAUCUACAAGGUUCCCAUUCACGUUCGCCGCUCGACUUUCAGGCUCCCGACCAACCCGAAGAGCCCUAUCAUCAUGAUUGGUCCUGGUACCGGCGUUGCUCCUUUCCGUGGCUUCGUUCAAGAGCGUGUUGCCCUUGCCCGCCGCACAAUCGAGAAGAAUGGCGCUGACGCCAUCAACGACUGGGGUAACAUCUCGCUGUUCUACGGCUGCCGUCGCUCGACGGAAGACUUCCUGUACAGCGACGAAUGGCCGCAAUACACCGAGGAGCUCAAGGGCAAGUUCAAGCUGCACUGUGCCUUCUCCCGCGAGCCCCCGUACAAACCCGACGGCAGCAAGAUCUAUGUCCAGGACCUCAUCUGGCAGGAGCGCGCCCAGGUCGCGGACGCGAUUUUGACCGGAAAGGGAUACGUGUACAUUUGCGGUGACGCGAAGAGCAUGAGCAAGGCCGUCGAAGAGACCCUUGCGAAGAUCUUGGGUGAGGCGAAGGGCGGUAGCGCUGAGGUCGAGGGUGCGGCGGAGUUGAAGUUGAUGAAGGAGAGGUCACGGUUGAUGCUGGAUGUCUGGAGUUAGAUGGGUUCGACACGCUAUUACUUUCCACACAUACAUGUGGGGAGUAGGAAUACUAGCUGGAAGCAUGUCUUAUUUAUGACUUUCACUCCCCUUUUUUCUUCCUUUGCUUUUUCUACUCUUUGCAUCUCUCAUCUUUUUCCUCUCGUCUACUCUCUCCAUCGCACUUCCCUCUUUGUUGUCGUUGACCCCUCACACUUUUUGGAGUACGGUAUCUUUUCUCAGUGCAUAGCUCGCGAGUCCCGCUACCGCAGGUGCGGUCCCCCUCUCAUUACAGUUACGAUUUUAGGGCAUGACUGUUGCUCCAGAGGAGUGCUGUAUAUAUGGAAUAGAACAUAGUAGACAUGCA